AAACAAUUGAUAAUAUAAUAAGAAUGAGCUACUAGGGAGAGUAAAUAAACUGUAUAAUAUCCCGCGGCAUUCAACGCGGCAUUGGUUUUGGCUUUUAGGCUUUUCAGCUCCCAAAUCGGACCCCACUCUUUGUGUGUUGCUGCUACUUAUUAGCACUUAAUCAGUGUGUGUGUGUGUGUGUAUUUUUUUUUGUUUUUCUUCGAUCAAAUUUGUUCUGAAAUUACUCUCUGACUCACAAAUCAAAUCUCACUACGUUGAUUCCAAUUCCUUAUUCCCUCCACCCAAUUUCUUACUUCAAAUUCCCGGGAACCAUUCCCUCGCUCUCAGAGCUAAUAAAUUUUCCGACGCCGUAAAAUUUUUUAUGGGAUUUCUCACUCUCAGAGCUACUCUGUUCUCGGCGGCAAGAAAAUGAAAAUUUUCUUCCGGAGAAGGAAGCGGAAAGAACUUGUGAGAAGAACCGAAAAUACCUUGGAGAGGGAAUGAAGUUUUAUAUAUCGACUAGCGGAAUCAAGAGAGUCACGAUCGGAGACGGUGGCGGAGGCGGCGGAGGAGCAGGGGUAGUAAAUAUGAAGGGAGGAGGAGGGAAAGGAGGAUUGCCGGUGGGCCGAACGCGGCGGGGCGGGGGGUUGUAUCACCACCGGACGGUGUUGUUGCCGGUGGUGUUGAUGCUCGGAUUACUUCUGCCGUUUCUCUUCGUCAGGAUUGCUUUCAUCGUUUUGGAAUCGGCAUCAGUUUGCUCUUCCUCUCUUGAUUGCAUGGGAUGGAGGAUUUUCGGCGGGAAUAAUGCUGCUCUGCUCAGAGAAGAGCUGACGAGGGCUCUACUGGAGACAACUUAUACUGACGGUCAGAAUCAUCAAAUUGGAGAACAAUUACCAGAGGAUCCAACACUGCUACCGGCGUCAUUUGUGGAUCUUGUGAAGGAUGUGACAUCAAAUAAGCACGACAUUAAGACCUUUGCUUUCAAGGCCAAAGCUAUGUUGGCUAAGCUGGAGCAAAUGGUCCAAUCAGCUAGGAACCAGGAGAAAAUCAACUGGCAUUUGGCUUCCCACGGGAUACCAAAAAGCCAUGAAUGCCUCUCUCUUAUGCUAGCUGAAGAAUAUGCGGUAAAUGCCAUGGCACGAUCCCGCUUACCUUCACCAGAAUUUGUUUCUCGCCUCAAUGACCCUUCAUUUCAUCAUCUAGUUCUUCUAACUGACAAUGUGAUUGCUGCUUCUGUUGUCAUCUCCUCUGCUGUUAAAAACUCAGCCUCCCCAGAAAAAUUGGUUUUUCAUGUAGUCACUGAUAAGAAAACCUAUACAGCGAUGCAUGCAUGGUUUGCAGUAAACUCUAUCAACUCCGCGGUAGUGGAAGUCAGGGGAUUGCAUCAAUAUGAUUGGUCGCAUAGAGUUAAUGUUGGCAUUAGGGAGAUGUUAGAAAUUCAUCACCUAAUUUGGAGGCAUAAGUAUGUCAAUCUCAAGGAAGAAAAAUUUGAAGAUCAGCAAGAAUUAGAUAAAAAUUUAGAGGUGCUCAGCCCCAGCUUCAUCUCCCUCUUGAAUCAUCUUCGCAUCUAUAUUCCAGAGUUGUUUCCAGAUCUGGACAAGAUUGUGUUCUUAGAUGAUGAUAUUGUUGUGCAACAUGACUUAUCAUCUUUAUGGGAUUUGGAUCUCAACGGGAAAGUUAUUGGUGCAGUUGUUGACUCGUGGUGCGGUCAUGACUGUUGUCCAAGAAGGAAAUACAAGGACUUCUUUAACUUUACAAUUCCAGUUAUAUCAUCUAACUUGGAUGGUAACCGUUGUGCGUGGCUUUAUGGUAUGAAUAUCAUUGAUCUUCAAGCAUGGCGUAAGACCAACAUCACUGCUACCUAUCAUCAUUGGCUUAAGCUUAACCUCAAUUCUGGAUUUACACUAUGGCAUCCUGGUGCACUUCCACCCGCCUUACUUGCAUUUGAUGGGCAUAUGCAACGGAUUGAAUCUUCAUGGCAUAUGGCUGAAUUGGGUCGUAGGUCUCCACAAAUCGACAGAUACAUGUUGGAAGCUGCUGCAGUAAUACAUUUCAGUGGACCUGCUAAGCCAUGGCUGGAGAUUGCAUCCCCAGAAGUACGAAGUUUCUGGUACAAGCAUGUAAAUUACUCCAAUGAAUACAUUAGAAAAUGUGGAAUAAUGGGCUAA